AUGGACAGGACGCGCAGGCUGGGCGGUGGUGAGCCCCUGGGCGGCGCCGGCCUGCGCCGGGGGCCAACAAGCCCUCGUUCCCCGAGGGGCGGCGAUCCGCAGCACUCCAAGGGGCGCGCGGUGGUUCGGCGUGGCGCGGCGGGCAUCCAGAUCAGGGCGUACCUGUGCGAGGCGCCCGAUUCGCCCGCCGUGCGCUGGGACGACGACUUCGACGAACAGUACAUCACGGGGCGGCUGCUGGGCAAGGGCAGCUUCGGCGAGGUGUUCCUGGCGGUGGACAGGUACACGGGGCAGAAGGUGGCGGUGAAGGACAUGUGCGCCACGCGGGGCCGGCUGACGGCCGAGAGGACGCUUCAGAAGAUAACGAACGAGGUGGUGGUGAUGAAGGCCGUGCAGGCCUGCCCCGCGAUCGUGGGCCUGCUGGGGACCUUCAGACAGGGCGAUCGGUACCGCAUCGUGAUGGAGCACUGCGGCGGGGGCGACCUGAAGUAUCACCUCAAGAGCGGUGGGGCCUUCUCCGAGGCGCAGGCCGCGCUGGUGGCCUACGAGAUCCUGAAGGUCAUUCGCGCCUGCCACGAUUGCGAUAUCGUGCACGGAGACGUUAAGACGGCGAACUUCGUCCUGAAGAGUUCGCGUGCCAAUCCGUUCAGCAAGGAAGCGGCCCCCGGCGUGCUGAAGAAAGGCUGGAUGAAGGCAAUCGAUUUUGGUUGCAGCCAAUUUGUGGACGACUUCACGAGGAUGCGUUCGCGUGUGGGCACACCUGUUUUCAUGUCACCUGAGGUGUUCCAGAGGAACUACAGCUUUGAGAGUGACCUGUGGAGCCUGGGAAUUUUGCUCUACCAGCUGCAGGCUGGCAGGUUUCCAUUCUGGAGCUCUGCAGAGGCAGGGUCUGUCAGCACAGUCCAUGAUGUGAUGGCGGCUGUGAGCACCAGGGAGCCAGACUUUAGCUAUGGACCAUGGCUAAACAUGUCCUCAGAUGGGCUCGAUUUCAUGCAAGGGUUGUUGGACAAGAACUACCUGUCUCGAAUGACUGCUGAUGAAGCUUUCAGCCAUCCUUGGAUCACAAGGAACAUUCACCAAGACAGCCAUGGGGACGUCAUGUUGAACAAUAUCGUCCCUACAGGAACAGUCCUUGGGGAGAGCUCCACUCCUGCAACAGAUCUGGUGGUGACAACAACAGAGUUGACAGUGCCUCCU